AUGGGUUUUGUACUGGUAUCAAAUGUGUAUAAGAGACAGAGGAUAUGCAGAUCCAAAUAUAAAGAUGUAUUUGGAUUUUCAGUCAGCCAUACAACUAGAAAACCUAGAGGCUCAGAAGUCGAUGGAAAAGAUUAUCAUUUUACAACUCGAGAAGACAUGUUGUCGGCAAUUGGGAGAGGGGAAUUUAUUGAACAUGCAGAAUUUUCUGGCAACCUAUAUGGCACAAGUAAAGCGGCUGUUAACCUGGUCCUUAAUGAAAGAAGAAUGUGUAUAUUAGAUAUUGAUGUACAAGGUGUGAAGAGUAUUAUGAAGACCGAUUUGAACCCUAUUUACAUAUUCAUUAUUCCGCCAGAUAUCAAAGUUUUGGUAAGUUAUCCAGAUUUGUAG